UGGGUUUUCAGCAGCUACAGGAAAGCUUUCACAUUGAUUCAUGGCUGGUGUUAGAGUUGAGCUGCUGGUAGUCCUGACUGCGGCUCUGCUGGUUUCAGUAGAGGGAUGGGCGCGGAUCAAGAAAGUUCAGCGUACUAAUGUUUAUGAGAGCCGCCAGCGGUCUGAACCACGAAGUGUUACCUUGCCAGAUUACAGCAGGCAGGACGAUGAUGGUGAAGAUGCAGUUCUUGAGGAUUCAUUACUUCAGGUUGAAGGUGCCACCACCAGUGGAAACUUCUACAAUUUUGCUAACCAUGGAGACCAGAUUGACGCAGUAGAUUCUAGUCCAAGAACAUGGCGCAGAGGUACUGAUGGUGGCUUCCAGAUGGAAUUUGACAAUAUCCCUUCAAGGAGCCACACCAGCAGUACCAGUCAGCGUCAGACUGGGAUAGAUGUGGUUUGCAGUGACGUUGGCUUCCAAAUUACUCUGCCGACAGGUUCAUUAAGUGAAGUCAAAGUUGUUGGCUCAAAGGACUUGCUGUCCGUUAUGGAUGCUCCAGAGUCUUGUGGUUAUGAAGUGAACCCUCUGACUAACACCUUGGCUGUACCCUUCACCGGGUGCUAUGUGAAACGGAAUGACCUCUACAGCCUGCAGUUGUUGUAUGUCAACGAGUUUGAUCAGACACAAGUUGCUACUGCAUCUUGUGAGAGGAGUCUGAAGUUGGACCCAGGUAUGCUCCCUCGCUCCAGUGGCCCAUCCAGUCCCACAUUAAAGCACAUUGACCCAAUCUCAGUGCGGCCGCAACGGCCUACAUGUACACAACGGCCCCAACUUCCGGGUUCCCCGCAAGGGCCCCAACUGCCCGGAUGGCCCCAACUUCCGGGUUCCCCGCAAGGGCCCCAACUGCCCGGAUGGCCCCAACUGCCGGGUUCCCCGCAAGGGCCCCAACUGCCCGGAUGGCCCCAACUGCCGGGUUCCCCGCAAGGGCCCCAACUGCCCGGAUGGCCCCAACUUCCGGGUUCCCCGCAAGGGCCCCAACUGCCCGGAUGGCCCCAACUGCCGGGUUCCCCGCAAGGGCCCCAACUGCCCGGAUGGCCCCAACUGCCGGGUUCCCCGCAAGGGCCCCAACUGCCCGGAUGGCCCCAACUGCCGGGUUCCCCGCAAGGGCCCCAACUGCCCGGAUGGCCCCAACUUCCCGGUUCCCCGCAAGGGCCCCAACUUCCCGGUUCCCCGCAAGGGCCCCAACUUCCCGGUUCCCCGCAAGGGCCCCAACUUCCCGGUUCCCCGCAAGGGCCCCAACUUCCCGGUUCCCCGCAAGGGCCCCAACUUCCCGGUUCCCCGCAAGGGCCCCAACUUCCCGGUUCCCCGCAAGGGCCCCAACUUCCCGGUUCCCCGCAAGGGCCCCAACUUCCCGGUUCCCCGCAAGGGCCCCAACUUCCCGGUUCCCCGCAAGGGCCCCAACUUCCCGGUUCCCCGCAAGGGCCCCAACUUCCCGGUUCCCCGCAAGGGCCCCAACUUCCCGGUUCCCCGCAAGGGCCCCAACUUCCCGGUUCCCCGCAAGGGCCCCAACUUCCCGGUUCCCCGCAAGGGCCCCAACUUCCCGGUUCCCCGCCGUGUCGCCAACUUCCCGGUUCCCCGCCGUGUCGCCAACGGCCCGGAUUGCCCCAAGGUCCCCAACUUCCCGGUUCCCCGCAAGGGCCCCAACGGCCGCCAUGUCGCCAACGGCCCGGAUCGCCCCAAGGUCCCCAACGGCCGCCAUGUCGCCAAGGGCCAGCACCGCCAACACUGCCAAAAACACAUGGUUGUGGCAUCCCCACAGGGGAGCAGGUGACUUGUGGCCAGUCAGGAAUAUCGUCCUCAGACUGUAAAAUGAUGGGAUGCUGUGUGGGUUCUUCUACAUCUGCCUGCUACUACCCAAUGGAUGAGUGCACUGUCGAUCAACACUUUGUGUUCGCCAUUCGUGCCAACUCUGCAUCCAUCCCUGUGGACCCCACCAAGCUUGUUAUUACUGGGAGUACAAACUGUAAACCAGUCAUUGUCAACGACAAAGUUGCCAUCUUUAAGUUCAACGUUACAGAAUGUGGAGUUCAUGCUUAUGAAGUUGGUGAGACGAUGAUCUACCUGGCUGAAGUGCAGACUGUCGUCCAAUCUCUAACCCUCCAGUAUGGCGUAAUUACAACACGUGAUCCGCUCAGGUUCAUGGUUGAGUGUCGCUAUAGCAAAGCAGGCGUUGCUCUGCAGUCACUAGCCAGCGCUGGCUACAUGGUGAAGACCCCGAGUUCCAGCUUGCCAUCAGCGGUCCUCUCUAAUGGCUUAUAUGCUGUUGACUUGAGAAUUGCUAAAGAUCAGACGUAUUCAAGCUACUUGCCCACAAACAAUCGGCCCUUGCGACUGCUCCUUGGCAAUCCAGUCUAUCUUGAGCUGCGCCUGAUCUCUCCAAAACCAGAUGCGGUAAUCCUCGUCAACUACUGUGUAGCUUACCCUCGCUCUGCAAGGAAUGCUCUGGUGCUUAUUUAUGAAGGGUGUCCCAACCUUUAUGGUCCAAAUAUGUCCAUCCUUAAGAUCUGUGACUCCUCAAAUCGUCACCAGAGGCGGUUUGUGGUUGAAGCCUUCCAGUUUAUGGUUCAAAAGACAAAUGACUAUCUUGAUGAAGAAAUCUAUUUCAUGUGCUCUACAGAAGUGUGUUUUGAAGCAGAUGGGCCAUGUGAACAACAAUGCUUUGAUGGAAAGGCACCAUAAGGAUGCUGCAGAAGACUUAUGAAGAUAAAGGGGAAAUAAACUAACCAUCUUACAACUCCGUA